UUUCUUCCACUCACCUGCCUUAAUAUUGAAUCAGGUAAGUUCUUACAGCCAUCUUAGCUGGACGUAGGAUGGUCGUCUGUCCUAACGAUGAUCCAGAAAUCCUUUCUUCAGGAGACAAAAAUGUGCGCGUUUUCUUGACUGUUUCCUCUCUAGCAUCGAUACUGCCAUCUGGGGAAAUGAUAGAGAGGCAGCUGGAAUUAAACUGGGUUGGAGGCGAUAGGAAUACUGGAGAUAUAGUAGCGUUAUAUAACCAUAAUCCAGAAAAAAGUUUAGAUAGCCCUGUGGUGACAAUAAAUCCGUUACUGUACGUGGUAGGCUGUUACAGAACCAAUGUUCAGUUCCCUCACUUGCGUUUUACCUCAAAUAAUCUGACAUCAGACUGUCUGGGGUUUUGGGUGGUCUACCUCAGGCAGGGCGAAAUAUUGGGGUCUUCUUGUUUACGUGCUCGUCCUUUCUGGAUGAAGGAGAACGAUCGGAAGAUCCGGAACAUCCCACUUGUCAAGCUAAUGAUCCCUGGUACACAUAAUUCUGGGAGCUAUCGACGCUAUAAGGGUUUAGAAAGCGAAACAGUCUUCUUACGAUACCUUUACAACCAAGAAGAGACCAUUUUCAACCAGCUGGCUUACGGCAUCAGGUUUCUAGAUCUUAGAGUUGGAUUUUACCCUCACACCAACGAGAAGUUCUGGAUUAACCACCGUCUUUUCUCGGUCAACAACACCCUGGUGACCGUGUUACAGGAUGUGGCAAGUUUUCUUCAAGCUACACAAGAAGUUGUCUUAAUUGAUUUCCACAACUUUCCCACUGGCUUCUCGUAUCGACCAGAAAUCCAUCGCUGGCUUAUUAGACUUGUUCUUGAACACUUGGGCCCCUAUAUGGUUCCUCGGCAUGUUGGUCCCAGUGUGACACUAGGGACUCUGUGGAACAUUGGAAAGCGCCUUCUGGUUAGCUACAACAGUCGUCAUUAUAUUUCUAAUGGUCUUCUCUGGCCAGGUGUGUCACAUAUCUGGGGAAACAAGCAAACUGUGAGGGAUCUGAAGAUCUUCUUUGAUGGUGCCUUCCGUCAAUCCAACUACUCGACCCUUUCAUCCGCCAUGGCUGAACUGACUCCUACAAUAGCCACGUUUUUCACAGAACCACGCAAAGGUUUACGUGGAUUUGCUCACGACGUGAACAGGAAAAUAACACGCUGGUUCAGAGACCUCUGGUGGCUACAGCUUAAGGCUUAUUUCAAGACAAGUCGCACUUCUACUGUUGUUCUACAGAAGGAUUGUAACUCAAGUGUAAUGAUUUGUACUCUCUGUAAAAAUCAAAGAUCCACUGUUGCUCUAGAAAAUCAUCGUGAGUCAAGUGUAGAGAUCAAAGAUUCAUCGUAG